UUCUAGGGUUAAGUACGACGUACGACGUAAAAACCGAUUAGGGAUAUUUAUACCGGGCAACAGAUUCCUGCUUAUGACAGCCAACCCCUCUCACCCAGCUUCUCCUACACCACUACAAGAGGGUUGCCGAUUGAGUGCACGCGAGUUGUUAGCUGUUUUAUCGAUUUAUAAACAGUUAAAAUUCCAGAUACCGCAGUUGCAGGAGUUGAAGCAGUGGCUAUCAGCGUAAUCAACUUUUUCAACCGCCAAUUUAAUUUGUGAUAAAAGCAAAGAAAAACGAUUUAAAUGUGAAUGAAUAAAGUACGAAAUUUAAUUAAAAUCGCAACAAAAAAUCGUCUUCGAUUUAGGGAACUUAGUUAGUAGGAAACGCACACAUACACGAGAAACAUAGUUGUGGCAGAAACGAAGCAACGUGUAGUCAUAAAAACCGCGCAAAGUAAAUCCAGAAAUUCCUUAACUCUAUUAGCGGGGAGAAGUUUAUUUGCAGAUUUAUUGCUGAUUUUUAUUGAAGAAACAAACAAAAACCACAAACACAUACACACAAAAUGUCAGAUCGCAAAGCAGUGAUUAAAAAUGCCGAUAUGAGCGAAGAAAUGCAGCAGGAUGCUGUUGAUUGUGCGACACAGGCAUUGGAAAAGUACAACAUUGAGAAGGAUAUCGCCGCCUACAUUAAGAAGGAAUUCGACAAGAAAUACAAUCCCACAUGGCAUUGUAUUGUGGGCCGAAACUUCGGAUCGUAUGUCACACAUGAGACGCGUCACUUUAUUUACUUCUACUUAGGCCAAGUGGCAAUUUUAUUAUUUAAGAGCGGUUAAACAAUAACAAAAAAAAUAACAAACAGCAACAACAACAAAAUACCACUUACACACGUACACAUACAUGGAAAAUUUACAAAAAAAAAAACAAAAUACAAAAACAAUUGAAUUCAUAGUAGAGAAAGAAAUCAACUAAAUUGGAGGAAAAAAUCCCAAAGCAACAAAAAAUUACAACAACAGUAGUCGCAGUAAUAUUAUCAACAAUAGAAUUGAGAACUGAACAAAGCAGCGCAGAGGCAUUAAAAAAAGCACAGGGAAAUGGCAUUGGCAAAAUAACACGUUCCACAAAUUGGUGUUGAGUGUGGUUUAAUUUCGACUUAAUAGUGUUAAUUAACGGCUAAUUUGAAGCGCUGGAACAGCGAAAGGAGUAUACAAGCUAAGCGAUGGCAAGAAUAAAGCAAUUAACACUUAAAUAAUUAGCGCAAAAUGCUAACCAAUUGGCUUGGUUGAAAAUUUGUUGCAGCCAACCUGAGCUUGGCAUAACAUACAUACCUUCGUACUUGAGAAAAAUUUCACGUUUUGAGAAUUAAAAUUUGCUCGCCCAACACGCAAAUGCGUACAUGUGUUAUGUGGAACUUAAGCUGAAGCGUAACCUACUUAAAUAGUUACUUAAUUUCAACUGUAAGCAGCGCUCAUAUCUAAGCAGUUCGAACCGGCGUAGCGUGAAUUCGGGUUGUGGAGCCGAGCCUUCUUUAAAUGGCUGUGUAGUGGGUUGCUUUUCACUUUCGGCUGUUUUGUGCAUAAAACUGUAGUCUAACGUGGAAAAUUGUGGAGUUGGAUCGGUGAGCCUACUGCUUUUCGUUUUUGGCGUACUUAAAAGUCUACUGGCAAAGUUCAAUUUGGAUUCGCAUGGAUUUGGAUUGUGGAACCUAACCUGAAAGUACUGCUAAAUGCUGAUUUUCCGUUUGGGCGUAUUUUAAAUUAGACACUGCAGUCUGGUGAGUAGAAGUAUGAGCUUGGAUUGUGCAACCUAACUUGAAAGUUCUCCUAAAUGCUGCAUUUACGUUUUCGUGUGGUUAAAUUCAAGCAAGCGCAAUCUUAUCUGGAGUAGCAAAGAUUUGGAAUGUGGAACUUAAUCUGAAAAUUUGUCUAAAUGAUUUGUUUCGUCUGCAGUAUAUUUCAAUUAAUACGCAAGCAGCCGCUAUCCACAUGCUGACGGUUUGGGCUGUGGAAUGUAAGUCGUUUUACAACAUACUACAAGGUUAUUGUUGCCGCUCUUCAUGCCACCAAGCAAUGAGAAACAAGGUUCCCAAUGAAUUUCCACACACAAUCCCAUCUAAAAGCUUUGGAACUCUGGAGUGGCUGUCGAUAGUGCAUGCUAUUUUGCAAGCUCAUUCCAUAUACAUGAGAUCUGCUGCAAGAUUACACCAUUUAGAAAUUCAUCAUUUCAUGGACUCGACAACAACAACAAAUUCACUACUACUUUUACGUGCACAACACACAAAACACACCUCACGCCCCAACAUACAAAGACAAACAGAAAAAUGUUGUAAGGGAAAAAUUUCGCAGAUUCAGUAAAAGAUGCAGAAAAUAGUAGAAAAUAGCAAAACAAAACAAAAACAAAUCUCAAAUGGAAUGAUGUAAAAUUUAACAUUUUAUGCGUAUUUGUAUUAGUAAUAUCAGCAAGCAACAACAGCAAAUUAUUUAUAUAUAUAUAUACACAUAUAUAUUUGUUAGUCUAAGUAACAAGCAAAAUGAAAAUCCAUGAAAAAAAAAUUGCAAAUUGCAUACACAAAACAAAAACAAAAAGCAAAAGAAAUGCUAAGAAGAAGCAGAGGAGGACGAAGAGUUCGGAACAGAUGCAAAAACCAAAUAAUUCUAUAGAAUUGGACCAAACUUGAAUGGAAGUUGAAAAAUUGUAUGCGAACUAAAAAAAGUUAGAAAAUUAUAAAAGACAUAACUAAAUAUUUCCAUCCACAAUUAUAAUUGAGUAUAAGAAUUGAAGAAAUAUCGAGAAAAAGGUGAAGAGCGCGCACGUUAAGCAGACCAACAGGCGUAGGAACGAAAUCCAUUAGAAAAUGUUGACAAAUGAGUACGAAGAAACGAACACAAAACAUGAACUCUAGCUUCACACAACCACAAAAAAUGCAUCAUCGUGUUGCUUCAUACAACAAAAACCGACAAACAACAAGCGAGCAAACGAGCACAACACUAUUUAAGACACCUUUUUGUGAACGCAUGUAGUAGCAAUAA